AUGUCUCCAACUCUCCUCCCUUCUGGGCAUGGCGAUGAAGACGCCAACAACGCUGACUAUUUUGCCAGAGCCUUUGAAGGCCAGCAGCAACCCGAGGUGAAGGAGCAAGAUGCCACUCCCAAACCAUUUGCCGACGCGUGGAGAUUUACUCCAUCCCUCAUGGAUCCUAAUUCUUAUGCCUUCUCUGCUUUUGCCAACCAACCUCCGGGAUACUAUACUCCCACUCCCGGCGGCUUUGGCACUCUCUACCACCCUCAAGCGGGCGACCUUCACACGCCCGGUAUGGGAAUAAACACUCCUCUAUCUCUACCCCAUUCUAUCCACGGGCUCCACGCCCAGGACCAGUUGAUGCACCUCCAGCACUUCCACCCCCAUCUUCUGCAUCAACCACAUCCCUUCCAGGAUCCGUUCCAUCAGCAACCUCCUCUUCAUGUCCCGACCCAACAACCACAGACAUUCGCUCCGCAGCAGUUCCUGCAACAUCAGGACUCCGGAUAUGUGGCCAUGGAUGACACUCCUCACAAGACGACCCCGACACAGGCCGAAGUAGCUAUUGAGCAGCAAAGCAUGAAUCAACCAAUGCGACAGUCGAUGUCCGGGAGCGUUGCUUUGACUGGCCUACCGCUGGGGGAAAAGUUUCGAUUUCAUACGACAUUAAAUGCCCCGACAGCCAUGGUCCGGCAUGCGGAUGAAAUUCCAAUCACGUACCUGAACAAAGGUCAAGCUUACACCAUGUCAAUCUGGGACACCACUCCUCCCAUCCCACAAAACGCUCCUCUCCAGUAUCGUACUUAUGUCCGUGUUUCCUUUGAAGACGAACAACAAAGAGCGCGACCUGGAGCAUGUUGGCAGCUCUGGAAGGAAGGCCGCGGGUCAAACGAAGCCCAUCAGCGAGGUGGCAAACUCCUAGCUGUGGAAUACGUUGACCAAAAUCCAGGCGGGGAUGACGAGUUGCGGAGGCCUCAAAUCCAACUCGAGAGAGCCUCGUUUGAUGGUUUCGCGGUGACUUGGUCCCCAAAUGCCGCCAAUGGAGGCCCGGACUGUUCCCUAUCAUUGCGCUUCAAUUUCUUGUCGACAGACUUUAGCCAUUCCAAAGGGGUCAAAGGCAUACCAGUUCGACUUUGUGCCAAAACCGAGCUACUGACCGCUCAGACAACUACCCACGACGAGCCCGAGGUGUGCUAUUCCAAGGUCAAACUUUUCCGCGACCAUGGUGCAGAACGUAAAUUGUCAAAUGAUGUCGCACAUGUGAAGAAAACAAUCGACAAGCUCAAACAACAGAUUGCUCAAGCCGAAGCUGGUUUAGGAAGUGCAGGAAAAAGGAGGAGAAGCAGCUCAAUCGCAAAAGCCUCAGCAUCCAAGCCUGGAAAAGUAUUGAAACACAAGCGGACUUGGUCCGUUGACUCUGAAGCGGAGGGUGUCAAGUUUUCGGCCGAAGAGGAUCUCCAAAUGAAGCUUGCCAGCAUGCAAGACAUGUUCUCUUCGACCAGACCCGUCAGUAUUCUGUUUUUGCGCGGCGAGCCAGAAGAUGAUCCGGAUCUUCACCCAGUCAAGCUUCCUGGCGACGACCCUGAAGGCAAGGAAAUCCUGCGCACCACUACAUGGGAGUCGAGACAGAGUACGUCCGGCUCCCCUACGUCAAAUGCCGGCUCGCCGUCUUUGAGCUCCGCUUCGCAGAUCACCCCAAAGAGAAAAUUCUCCGACCUGCAACAAACUGCCAUUCUGGAGGAGGGAGAAGGCGAACAGGACAAUGACCACGCCGGAAGUGCCUCCGAAUCGAGACCGGUGAAAAUUCCCAAGACGGAAGCCGAGUCUGUCGUUAGACCAGCCCUUUUUGCGGUUGAUGUGGACAGCAGCUAUCGACCUCCUGUUGAAAGGCCCAUUCGUCCAGUUGCAUGCUUCUACGUGCGCCAAAAAGAUGCAGCGAAAGAAUACUACCGCGCUGUCUACUUGAUGCAACGUACCGUGAAAGACCUGAUCAACAACAUCGCAACGAAAUUCCAAAUCGACCCUCACAGAGUUACCCAGGUCACGCAUGUCAAUUCUCGCGGGCUUCACAUCAUAGUAGACGAGGAUGUCGUGAGAGAACUCCCAGAAGGUCAAGAUAUGAUUGUUGAAUUCACCCCGCUCGAAACCGACCAACCGGUCAAUCACGAAUUCAUCUCGCUCGCGGCUACGGAAGUGACGGUCGACAGCGAACUACCACCUACGGAGUCAUUCAUUUCGGAUCCGUUAGAGAUGUGGUUAAAUUAUUGA